AUGCAUGUACUAUACACUAUCAACGCGGCCUUACCCGGUAAACACUAUGAUGUUCCUCCCCAGGACCUUGUAAAGGAUUUGUUCGAGAGUUGGAAUGCAAAAGCAAAUGAAAAAGAAAGGAAGGAAGUUUUGAGUUCAUUCAUGAAAAAGAAUGUAAAGAUAAACAAAGUAGAUGAGUCAAUGAUAAUAACAGCAAUAGUAGCACCACCAGCAGCCAUGGUUGUGAAGAGAACAGGACAAACAUUGCCACAACUAAAACUCAUGAAAUCAGUGCCUGAUGUUGUUUUUGUUCCAUCAUUCACCGUUGUGGCACUCAUUGCUGUCAAGAUCGCAAGAAUGUUGUUCAUGAAAAAGACAAUACCACCACCACCACCAAAGGAAGAACAACCUCAAGAGGAACAAAUAAUAAUAAAAAUAAACAUGCAACUGGCUAUUAUUGUGAAGAGUGUCGAAUUGUGCAUCACUGAGUUAUUUUCACAUUUGAAUGUGUUCUUGGUGUUAUGA